CCAUUUUUACAUAAAUUCAAUUGAUUUAUUUUUUUUUGGUUUUUAUUAAACUUUUUAAUAUUAUGGAUUUAAAAAGUGUGGACAAGUAUAUACGGUAAUGAAACAUUUCUUCAAAGAUUGAUUUAUUUCUACUACCGGAAUCUCCGGGCUUGUUGGUUGACACUCUCCAAAGAGACAUCAAACGUUUCUUUUUUAUAAGCCCAAACAAAAUUCUGUAAGAGCAACGUACAACACACACAUUGGCAAACAGUGAGUGCACACGAAUUCGUUCGAGACAAAUAAAUUCCAUUAGUAAUUAUCUACAAAACACAAAACAAUGGCAAACUAUACAGAAGAUCAAUUGGCCGAAUUCCAAGAAGCCUUCAACUUAUUUGAUAACCGUGGCGAUGGCAAAAUUCAACUUAAUCAAGUUGGCGAAUGUUUGCGCGCACUGGGUCAAAAUCCAACUGAAUCGGAUGUGAAAAAGUGUACACACCAAUUGAAAUCCGAUGAACGUAUAUCGUUCGAAGUGUUCCUUCCAAUUUAUCAUGCAAUUUCAAAAGCACGUUCCGGUGAUACAGCCGACGAUUUUAUUGAAGGUCUUCGUCAUUUCGAUAAAGAUGCAAGCGGUUUCAUUUCAACGGCUGAAUUGCGACACUUACUUACAACAUUGGGCGAAAAAUUGACCGACGAUGAAGUGGAACAGUUGCUUGUAAAUCAAGAAGAUUCACAAGGCAAUGUUAACUACGAAGAAUUCGUCCGAGUUAUCAUGAGCGGCUGAACAAAGCAAUCUUUCAUAUACUUACAUCCGAAUGAUCCUAUUCAAAUUAAUUUAAAUUAAUAAUGCAACUGAAACACAUCAACAAUAAUCGAACGUAACAUCCAAUACAAGAUUCGCAUUCAAAUUUAUACAAUAAAAUGAGAAUCAAGAAUUUUACAUGUAAAUCAAGGACACAUUUUUUUAAAAGUCAUUAUUCAAAUGUUCCGCUCGUCGGGAUUGAAUUUAAGACAAAAAGAUCGCAUUGUACACAAAUUGUAUUGUAUAAGUAUUGCACUUUUGCUAACACUUAAAUAAAAAAAAAUAAAUUAAAAGAGAUCAA